AUGUCCCGGGCGGCCCUGCUGGGACUCGGCCUGCUGCUGUCCAGGGCGGGGGCCGCGGGGCGCUGUCCAGCCGCGCUCUGGCCGCCUCCCCGCGCCAUGCAGAGCGCCGCCGCGCCCGGCCUCAAGUUCCUGGGGCAGAAAGAAGCCCAGGCCAUCGACCAGGAGCUCUUUGAGGAGUACAAGUUCAGCGUGGACCAGCUGAUGGAGCUGGCGGGUCUCAGCUGUGCCACGGCCAUUGCCAAGGCAUACCCAACCAGUACUUUCACCAUCAGCCAGCCAGCGGUGCUGAUCGUGUGCGGCCCUGGGAACAACGGUGGAGAUGGAUUAGUCUGUGCCCGUCAUCUGAAAAUGUUUGGCUACGAGCCGACCCUCUAUUAUCCCAAACGCCCCAACAAGCCACUUUUUGAAGGUUUAACCACCCAGUGUAAGAAGAUGGAGAUCCCCUUCCUCACAGAGUUUCCAUCUGAAGCUGCCCUCAUCGACGAGGUUUACGGUCUGGUGGUGGAUGCCAUCUUUGGAUUCAGCUUCCAGGGAGCCGUGCGGGAGCCUUUCGGUACAAUCCUGAGCACCUUGGAAAAGGUGACCAUCCCUGUGGUCAGCAUCGAUAUUCCUUCCGGCUGGGACGUGGAGAAGGGGAGUCCUGAGGGGCUGCAGCCGGACAUGCUGAUUUCGCUCACAGCACCCAAGAAGGCGGCCCGGCACUUCCAGGGGCGCUACCAUUUCCUGGGGGGCAGGUUUGUGCCCAAGGCCCUGCAGAAGAAGUACGCGCUCAACCUGCCACCCUUCCCAGAGACGGACUCUGUCUUGCGCCUCUCCUAGAGCCGGCCCUGCAGAGUGCAACAGACUCCAAGGCCCAUCUGCUGGGGAAGGGGGGCUGUGGCUGUAGGGGGGCAGUUCUGCAGGUCCACAUCCCAACAUUCCCUCCC